CCUGCAGCAGAAAGUGUCUCUACAAAGUAUUAUCCUACAGUUAUUUAUGCUAAAGUUUUCUUUAAUUUUGUUGCUUCACAAUAACCCAUCUUCAACGCUGCAAGCAUGUUCUGUAAAUGUAAUCGUGCAAAAAUCUCAAACGGUCCUUUUUUAUUCAGGUUGCGAGGCAACAAAACCUUAAAACUACAGAGGGGGGGGGGUGAAUACGUUAGCAAGGCACUGUGUCCUUUAUGUCAUUUUAUCAUUAUUGCUGGAAGUAGCCCUUGACUGUUUAGCACAGAUCAUGUUUGUGUAGUAUUUUGUGCACCCUAGUUUUGGCUUAAUGGUAGCAUUUUUUUUUUUUUUUUUUUACGGUAGCGUCAGCAAGACGCUGGUAAAGGUAAAACCACUGUUGUUUAAUAGAAGUUAUGGUAAGUGAUGUUGAAAUGUAUCCUUGUCUUCACAUCUAAAUCAUGAACUUUUGUUCUUUUGUUUUGUAUCUCAAUGUUUUUGUGUGCUUUAUAGCGAAGCAGCCGGCGCGCGUCGCUUGUUCAUAAUGAAAUUUGAGAGCACAUCCCACGGGACAACCGGCUGUGCUUGCUAACCUUUGGUUCAUGACUUAAAAAACAAGUACAGGAGUCAUUCCUGAUGAAUCUAAGGCGAUGUCGCUGCUGGCUCCAGCCAACGCCGUGGCAGGAAUGAUGCCAGGAGGAGGUCUGCUUCCCACGCCUAAUCCUCUGAUGACGUUGUCGAAAUGGAAGGGAAAUAUAUCGAUGGGGGCAAACCCAUUUGGAGGGCUCGGGGGUCCCAGCAUGGACCAGAUGGCAGCUAUGGGAUUCACGGGGCCCAGCAUGAACGCCCAGGCUUUUUCUGCAGAUUUCCUCAAGUUUAUGCAGUCUAUUGACCCAAAACUCAAUCCACUGGCGGCUGGAUUAAACCUGACCCCGGGUCUGAAGGUGGAUUCAUCCAACAAGGAGAUCGAAGAGGCCAUGAAGAGAGUCCGAGAGGCCCAGUCUCUGAUUUCUGCUGCCAUCGAACCUGGAAGUAAGAAAGAUAAGCGCAAGCAUUCCCGAUCCCGUUCGAGGUCGCGCCGCAAGCGGUCCAGGUCUCGGUCGAAACACAGACGUUCAAAGAGCAGGUCUAGGCGAACUUCUCAUUCAAGGAGUAGGAGGAGGUCCAAGAGCCCGAAAAGGACGACGACUCACUCCCGGGACAGAAUCCGUCGCAGCAGAUCCAGGGACAGGAGAAAAGAAGAAAAGUCCAAGAAACGAUCCAAGACGCCUCCCAAAAGCUACAGCAGUACCAGGAGGUCUGGCAGCAUUACCCGCAGGUGCAGUCCUUCCCGGUCCCCGAGGAAAAGGCUCUCCAGGUCUCCGUACCCGGGGCGCCACAAGAAAGAAAAGAAGAAGGACAAGGAGCGCGAGAAGAUCCGCGACAGGGACAGGAGGGUGGAGCGGAACCACACCAGAGACGGACGAGAGCGUUCCACCAGCAAGAAAAAGAAGAACAAGGACAAGGAACGAGAGCGGGAGCGCAAAUCCGACAGCGAGAAAGGAGACGUGAGAGUCACACGGGACUACGACGAAGAGGAGCAAGGCUACGGCAGCAAUAAGGGAGAAGAGGAGGAAGAGCGGCGGAGCGAGUCGGAUUCUGCGUCGUCUCCCAAAGAUGCGGAGGAGGCGGAGAGAGACGAGCGGCGGGCCUCCAAAAGAUCCAAGCUAAACGGAGACGACCGGCAUCAGGAGGACAUGGAGAUGAGCGACUGAGAGCUUUCUGUGCCACCGUCUGUCGAGUCCUUUUUCGUGUUCCUAAUUUGGGCCAGGUUCCGUCUGUGAUCACUGUUAGCAGCUUCUCAUGUCAACUCUGGCGCCAUCCUGGACGGACGGCCUAGAUGGGACUGUUUUUAUAAAGAUAAUGAGAACAGAUUAGAAGAAAUUACAUGAAAUGGGGUUUUUAAACUAUAACUUAUGCCCUUUUUUUUUUUAAGAGGUCAUGUUGAUAUUUGUUUUUAAUGCUGGGUAGUUUUCCUGACUGCGGAUUAUUUAACAUUUCCACAUGGACUUUUAUUUUUAUCAUACAUGUUCCUUUCCUUUGUUAUUAUUUCUCAAACAGUCCCGUGUUUCGUUAAACUGUGGAUAAGUGAGGAUUUUACUUGUAAUGCGCAGUCAUGACGCUUUUAAGCAUAUAUUGUAGAUAUAAGUUACAUUUCUGCAAUAAGUUUCUCAAGGGAUACAAAACAAAAUGGGUUAAACUCUACUUGUGGUAGAGCAGUAAUAGUUGAUUUAAUAAUAUAAAACCUUUUUUUUUUUUUUUUUUGCAGUUUAAAUGAAUUGAUUGUUAUUUCCUGAUAUGUAUGUGUGCUUUUGAACUACUAUAGCCGACCAAAGCCAUUUAGGUUCUACUGUCCAGACGGUUAGAUUUGGACUUUCACUUUUUAGUACAUUUUAUGAGCAAAGUGUUGCAGUUUUUGCUGUAUAGUUGAUAUAAAUUGCCACAGGAAAAAAAAAAACAAAGUUUGAAACAGCUGACGCCAGGAAGUGGUGUCAGAUGAAGUUAGUCUUUGGAACGAGUGAAGAGGCACACCAGCUGAACUUUACUGUAUUAUGGGAUGUUGAAAACUGGAUUUUAAAUAAAAGCAUUGUCUAAUUAAUUGAG